AUGGCCAAUCACAAUGGCUCUGCUUCAAUAGCAGAUGCCCCACCUCAAGAUCCAUAUUCAAUACCUAUGAGUAUUAAUGUCGCAGACAUUGUUGAAGAGGACGAGGAUGAAUAUGAGUAUGAAUACUCUAGUACAGAAAAAGAGAUAUUUUAUGUAACUCUCGAUCUUACUACUCCAAAUGUUCCUGUCAAAAGAAAGUUGGCGCAAACACAUCCUCGUCGCAAUGCGAAGAAAUGGUUAAAUCCUGGUCUUGGUAAACAUCGAAGACAUCUUGGUGACUCGACUACUAUCGUAGUUGAUAAGGAAAAGCCUGCGAAGGCUAAAGGAAAAGCGAAGAGCAAGAGCGCGAAGAAAUCACCCAAUGUUGAAGAAGAUGAUGAUGAUGAUGAACCGGCAGAAGGCGAAGAAGUGGAAGAACCUUUGGAAGAUGGAAAGACACAACCGGUAUCUAUAUCAAAACCGGUCGAAGUCGCAAAGAAAUCAACGGGAGAACAAUACUCGAAUUUUAUCGCGGAUACCAAGCGUGGAGGAGAAGCCCCGGAGACACUCAAACCCGAAGUACAAAUAUUAGAUCUGCAUGAAGAUAAUCCAGUCGUAUCCUAUGAGGGAAAUAUCUACCAAUGUCGAUGGGAGGAGAAUAUGGGAACAGAAUUACUUUUCACGGCACACGAUCCCAAUAGUAAAUUACCUAUUUUACAAUCCGUUUCCAAUGAGGUCGAUUUACUAGCUGCAAGCUCGGCACGCAUAACAUCUGUCAACACAAAAGUCGAAGAUAAAGAUCCUACGGGAGGUCCUGGUGGGAAACGUCGCAAUUAUUUCUGGAGAUCGGGUAAUAUACGUGAACUUAAAAUACCAGUCGGUGUGGCAGCUUCUGACCAGAGGAAAAAUCAAGCAUUCUUCUUACAAUCCUUGAUUCAAAUUAAGGAAUCUAGACGGGAGAGAGAUCAUGUUACUGUAAUGGCGCGAAGGAGAAAUACAAAUCGACAAUGGAGAGCAAUUAUGAAGCAAAAACAAGCAGCCGAAGUAGCACAGAUACGAAAAGCUAUGGCAACGGGUAAAAUGAGUCGAGCAGAUGGACAGCAAAGAUUAGAUCAAAUGGCUAAGGAUAAUGAGAUCUUAGCUGCGGAAGAUAAAUUAAGAGGUAUUGGACCUGAUGGAAGAAAGAUAAGACAUGGUGGAAGGAAGAAGACUGUGAACGCAGAUAAACAGAUUGUGAGAAGACCUCCUGGUGGACUUACAAAUUAUUUAAUGAAUAAUGCUGCUCCAGAGGACGAAGAUGGAAUGGAUACAGGUCUUGAUGGUGUCGCUGAUAUGGCUCCACUGUCAUAUUCUGUUGCAGAAGAUGAAGAUAUGGAAGCGGGAGAUUAUGGUAUGGAUGAUGCAGGGAUGAAUGAUGGGGUAGAAUACGAAUAUGGAGAAGAUGGAGAAAUGAAUUAUGAGGAUGAUGCUGGUUUUGAGGAUUAUGAGAUUGAGUAG